AUGUCCAAUUCUCCAGUACCUUUGGGCGACUUUUCUAAAAUCUCUGGUCUGCCAGGUAUUGCGCCAGUCACCACCGAACAAAGAAACGAAUCAUUUUGGUCAUCCAACCCAAUCUCUUCUUAUUUGAUCGACACUUACAACAAUAUUCAUGCUCACAGACAAACUCUAUCGUUAGUGAACCCAGGUACCAUUGAAAACUUGAGUAAAGAGGUUUCUCGUGAUGUGUUUUUGACCCAGUAUUUCUUUACUGGUUUGAGAGCGGACUUGAACAAGACAUUUGCCUUCAACCCAGCUUUCCAAACCUCUCAUACAUUCUCCAUGGGCUCUGAAUCGCUACCAAAUUAUGCAUUCAGUGCCUUGUUUGCCAACGACAACCUGUUCAUGCAAGGUAAUGUUGACAACCAGAUGUCCUUGUCUGGUAGACUGCAAUAUGGUUGGGAUAAGAACAACGUUACAAAGCUUACUUUGCAAAUUUCUGAGGGCCAACCUACAAUGUGCCAAUUGGAACAAGACUACCAAGCUUCUGACUUUUCCGUUAAUUUCAAGACCUUGAACCCAUCUGCUGCCAGCGAUGGUAGCUUCACCGGUGUUGCUGUUGGUUCCAUCUUGCAAUCCAUCACUCCUCAAUUAGCUCUAGGUUUGGAAGCCAUCUACUCUAAAGGUCAAGCUGCUGCCCCAGCUGAUGCCGCUGUCUCAUACAUGACCCGUUAUGUGUCUGCUAAACAAGACUGGAUUUUCUCAGGUCAAUUGCAAGCCAACGGUGCUGCGGUUGCAUCUUUCUGGAGAAAGGUCUCUCCACACAUGGAAGCUGGUCUAGAAACAUCUCUACAAGCUUCUAUGUUGCCAAUCAUGGACCCAGUUAUUGGUCAACCAAUCGGUUUCCAACCUGCCAUUGAAGGUGCUACUACCCUUGGUUGCAAAUAUGAAUACAGACAAUCUGUCUUCCGUGGUUCUAUUGACUCCAACGGUAAGGUCGGCUGUUUCUUGGAAAGAAAGAUUUUACCAACUUUGUCUGUUUUGUUCUGCGGUGAAAUCGACCACUUUAAGAAUGAAAGUAAAUUAGGUGCCGGUCUUCAGUUCGAAACUGCCGGUAGUGAAGAAUUACUAAUGAUGCAGCAAGGUCUAGAUGUCAACGGUAACCCUCUACAAGCUCCUCCAGCUUGA